AUGAGCGGAGCAAACGGCCUGAGAAGACGAGGAAGACAAACGUAUACUAGAUAUCAAACGCUAGAGUUAGAGAAAGAGUUCCACACGAAUCACUACCUCACGCGGAGGAGACGUAUAGAAAUGGCACAUGCACUUUGUUUGACGGAGCGACAAAUCAAAAUAUGGUUCCAGAAUCGAAGGAUGAAAUUAAAGAAGGAGAUUCAAGCUAUAAAGGAGUUAAAUGAACAAGAAAAGCAAGCUCAGGCACAAAAGGCGGCAGCAGCUGCGGCGGCGGCCGCUGCUGCUGCGCAGGGCCAUCCUGAGCACUAG